CAGGUGCACCUGAGCUGCCAGCAAAGGAGUCUCUGUCAGGGGAAGGCUGGCUGGGGCCACAGCAGAGCAGACUGACCGAGGGACCUGAUGGAGGAGCUGGUAGGGCUUCGUGAGGGCUCCUCGGGGAGCCCCGUGACUCUUCAGGAGCUCUGGGGCCCUUGUCCCCGCAUCCGCCGAGGCAUCCGAGUUGGCCUGGAGUGGCUGAAGCUGAAGCUGUUCCGCGUGGGUGAGGACUGGUACUUCCUGAUGAUCCUCGGGGUGCUCAUGGCCCUGAUCAGCUACACCAUGGACUUUGCUGUCGGACGUGUGGUCCAAGCACACAUGUGGCUGUACCGGGAGAUUGGGGACAGCCACCUACUCCGGUAUCUCUCCUGGACCGUGUACCCCAUGGCUCUGGUCUCCUUCUCCUCGGGCUUUUCCCAGAGCAUCACGCCUUUCUCUGGAGGUUCUGGAAUUCCGGAGCUGAAGACCAUCCUGUCGGGCGUGGUCUUGGAGGACUACCUGGAUAUCAAGAAUUUCGGGGCCAAGGUGGUGGGCCUCACCUGCACCCUGGCCGCAGGCAGCACCAUCUUCCUGGGCAAAGUGGGCCCCUUCGUGCACCUGUCCGUGAUGAUCGCUGCCUACCUGGGCCGCGUGCGCACCAAAACCAUUGGGGAGUCGGAGAACAAGAUCAAGCAAAAUGAAAUGCUGGCGGCGGCGGCGGCGGUGGGCGUGGCCACAGUGUUCUCGGCGCCCUUCAGCGGCGUCCUGUUCAGCCUGGAGGUCAUGUCGUCCCACUUCUCCGUCUGGGAUUACUGGAGGGGCUUCUUCGCGGCCACCUGUGGAGCCUUCAUGUUCCGCCUCCUGGCGGUUUUCAACAGCGAGCAGGAGACGAUCACCCCCCUCUACCAGACCAGUUUCCGGGUGGAUGUCCCCUUCGACCUGCCAGAAAUCUUCUUUUUUGUGGCGCUGGGAGCCAUCUGUGGCAUCGUGAGCUGUGCCUACCUCUUCUGUCAGCGAACGUUCCUUGGUUUCCUUAAGACCAAUCGGUUCCUCUCCAAACUGCUGGCCACCAGCAAGCCUCUGUAUUCCGCUCUGGCAGCCUUGGUCCUCGCCUCCAUCACCUACCCCCCUGGCGUGGGCCGCUUCAUAGCUUCUCGGCUGUCCAUGAGGGAGCACCUGAACUCACUGUUCGACGACAACUCCUGGGCGCUGAUGACCCGGAACGCGUCCCCAGCCUGGCCUGCAGAGCCCGACCCCCAGAACCUGUGGUUUGAAUGGUACCACCCACCGUUCACCGUUUUGGGGACCCUCUCCUUCUUCCUGAUUAUGAAGUUCUGGAUGCUGAUUCUGGCCACCACAAUCCCCAUUCCUGCCGGGUACUUCAUGCCCAUAUUUAUCUUCGGAGCUGCCAUCGGGCGCCUCAUAGGAGAGGCCCUCUCUGUUGCCUUCCCAGAGGGCAUCAUAGCUGGAGGGGUCACCAACCCCAUCAUGCCUGGGGGUUAUGCCCUGGCAGGGGCUGCGGCUUUCUCGGGGGCUGUGACCCACACCAUCUCCACGGCAUUGCUGGCCUUCGAGCUGACUGGCCAGAUUGUGCACGCCCUGCCUGUGCUGAUGGCAGUGCUGAUGGCCAAUGCCAUUGCCCAGAGCUGCCAGCCCUCCUUCUAUGAUGGCACCAUCAUUGUCAAGAAGCUGCCAUACCUUCCAUGGAUCCGGGGCCGAAACAUCAGCUCUCACCAGGUAAUCGUGGGGCACUUCAUGAACGGUGCCAUCGCCACGCUGGCCAAGGACACACCACAGGAGGAGGUGGUCAAGGUCGUGACGUCCACAGACACGGCUGAGUACCCCCUGGUGGAGAGCACAGAGUCUCAGAUCCUGGUGGGCACCGUGCGAAGGGCACACCUGAUACAGGCACUGCAGGCUGAGCCACCCUCCUGGGCUGCAGGACAGCAGCGGUGUCUCCAGGACAUCUUGGCUGAGGGCUGCCCCACGGAGCCAGUGACCCUGAAGCUGUCCCCGGAGACCUCCCUGCACCAGGCACACAACCUCUUCGAGCUGUUGAACCUUCAGUCCCUCUUCGUGACAUCUCAGGGCCAAGCUGUGGGCUUCGUGUCUUGGGUGGAGUUGGAGAAAGUGAUUUCCAGCCUAACAAACCCUCCAGCCCCAAAGUAAGCCGGCCUGGCAAGAUGAUAUGGGACCCCCCGCUGCCCUGGUGAAGGAGACUGGGCAGAGACCCCUGCCUCUCUCCCUGCAUCACAACACCCCCCCCCCCCAUCCCAGCCCUGCUCAACUCCCUGGCGAAGCAGGCAGCUAACCCAGCACUGAAGAGGGCCCCGUAGUCACCGUGUCCCAUCUUUGCUGGGACAAGUGCUACAUGCCUUGAAGAGCAUAUCCCACCCUGGACAGAGCUCAGAAUGCAAGACAGCGGAAAACCAGUACAUGCUGGGUGUUCAAGGCAAGUUCCUCAGAUUCAUGAAUGCAGAGAUUGGUAUAUGCUGUCGCCAAGGGCAGGCACAGGUGCUCUCUGGGGCUUGUAUGACUCCCAACCAGAGGCUCCUGAGGAAAAAAAAAAUAAAGUUGAUUCCCAGA